AUGUUCCGUCCGGCCACGGCGGCCGAUGAAGAGGAACAUAGCAUUAGCAGUACUACUACUGCGGCUGAUGACGUGUACAGUUACUGUGUGGAGGAAGAGGAGCUGGAAGUGGUGGAUCUGCCGAGGUUGCUGUCGGAAAUGGCGGAAGGGCUGUUGCUGUCGCCGCCGCCGAGCUACGUGGAGAGCUGCAAUGCCGAAGAGCGUGAUUGGUGGCUGUGGAAUAAUUAA